AUGCCAGUGGCAUGUCCAUCCAUCGAACAUUGCCCACUCCGAUGUGAAGCUGGACUCCAACGUGAUGAACGAGGAUGCUUCCAAUGCGAGUGUGUGCCAACAAACAGACCAGAGCAAUGUCCGGCACUUUCAACUCAAAAUUGUGACAAACAAUGUGCACAUGGAUAUGCAAAAGAUGCAGCAGGAUGUGUAGUAUGCAAAUGCGCCAAAUGUCCACCAUUACAUCAGUGUAUGAAGCAUUGCCUUUACGGAUUUGAGUCAAAUUCUAUCGGAUGUCCUGUGUGCAAAUGCAGAGGUAAUUUUAUCUCUGUUUCGAUAUUUCAUAGCUAUUCUCUCGUUCAAAAAUGAAC